UGGUGUCAGAGAGGAGUUCCUCAGGGGAUGUGCCCCUCCCUCCCUGUGUCCAUCAGCAGGACCUCACAGUUUUUCACUUCAUGUUGAUGUUGUAGCUGCACGCGGAUCAGCUGAGUGCUGCAACUCAGAUAACUGCAACAACAAGACUCUGCCUGUCCCCAUCGCUCCUGCAAAUGUCGCAAACAGUCUGCAGUGUGAUACUUGUGACCCAACAACAUCUCAGUGCAGCAUUCCAAUACAAUGUGAAGGAGUGGAGGACCGCUGUGUCCAAACCACAGUGAUGAUUACACUUCUGAAUAGCGAUGUGCCCGUCUUUGGCUGCACGUCUUCAAACUUGUGCACAAGUGCUGCUGUGCUGAAUUCUCUACAAAUUCUGUCCAAUGUUGGGAGCAUCACCAGUGGACCCACCUGCUGCACCGGCAACUUAUGUAAUGCUGCAACCACAACAACUACUGCACCAGCAACAACCUCAGCAUCAGCAACAACUACUGCACCAGCAACAACCUCAGCAUCACCAACAACUACUCUGACAAUGACGACAAAUUUCUCUCCAACACCAACAGUUACUCAGGCUGGAGCACUUCAGUGUUCCACUUGCUCAGGUUCAUCAUGUACAAACCCAGUCCUUGCCCUUUGUACUAAUGGAGAGCUGAUGUGUGUGACAGCGUCUGUAUCAGUGAACACAAGUUUCCCGUUUCCUGGUGUCAGAGAGGAGUUCCUCAGGGGAUGUGCCCCUCCCUCCCUGUGUCCAUCAGCAGGACCUCACAGUUUUUCACUUCAUGUUGGUGUUGUAGCUGCACGUGGAUCAGCUGAGUGCUGCAACUCAGAUAACUGCAACAACAAGACUCUGCCUGUCCCCAUCGCUCCUGCAAAUGUCGCAAACAGUCUGCAGUGUGAUACUUGUGACCCAACAACAUCUCAGUGCAGCAUUCCAAUACAAUGUGAAGGAGUGGAGGACCGCUGUGUCCAAACCACAGUGAUGAUUACACUUCUGAAUAGCGAUGUGCCCGUCUUUGGCUGCACAUCUUCAAACUUGUGCACAAGUGCUGCUGUGCUGAAUUCUCUACAAAUUCUGUCCAAUGUUGGGAGCAUCACCAGUGGACCCACUUGCUGCACCGGCAACUUAUGUAAUGCUGCAACCAUAACAACUACUGCACCAGCAACAACCUCAGCAUCAGUAACAACUACUGCACCAGCAACAACCUCAGCAUCAGUAACAACUACUGCACCAGCAACAACCUCAGCAUCACCAACAACUACUGCACCAGCAACAACCUCAGCAUCACCAACAACUACUGCACCAGCAACAACCUCAGCAUCACCAACAACUACUGCACCAGCAACAACCUCAGCAUCACCAACAACUACUCUGACAAUGACGACAAAUUUCUCUCCAACACCAACAGUUACUCAGGAAAUGCAGCUCUGA